AUGUUGAUGGUAGGUCAUAACGAGCUGUAAUGCACAAAUAUUGUAUCUAGAAUAACUUUCCAACAUGGACUUUUUUAAAGUUAUCUCACAUGUUGUCUCAUAAUUUUUUUUUUUAAGUCUGCCAUGUACAUCGUUAUGGAGUCACAGUUUGACUACUCAGUUGUAAGUACUUUUCAGCACGCAGUGUCAUCCUCAAGAUUGUAUUUUGUAUUGUGCACUAAAAUGAAAUACAAACAACAAUUUCAGCAUGACAUGCCUGUUUUGCGGCGAUGGUGGUGCCUGUUGCUCCUGGAGAACAAUUCUUUGAACAGGUAGACAGUUUAAGUAAACUAGAUGUCCUAAUUAACUGGAAGACAAUCAAUAUAUUGUACUUAAAGAUAUAUUGUCAUUACAGUUGUGGGAAAAUCUUCGCCCACUGGACCAAAGAAUGUCAAGAGCUCAUUGCUGGAAAGCAUACUCCGGUCUUCAGUCUAAAGAGGAAGGCAGAGCAGCAGGACAUAGAGGUUAGAAAAUUGCCUUCUAAAAACAGUAUUAUCUCAGUGGGAGUCCUUCAAAAUGCACACAGUUGUAUGGAUCAACAUUGUCUCGAUGUAUUUGGUAAUUGAUGUUACUUUUCAAAUUGCCUUGUCAAGGAAACCAUGACGCAGACGGCAUCGGAUGUCCAAAGAAUGUGCAUGGCAGAUUCAAUGCAAUUCUGUGUCUACCAGACAUCGAACAACACAGGAGAGAGGUGUGUUGCAGACUCAAUUUAAUAAAUGCAAUUAUCGGGGCCUAUUCAGUGAUUUUCCAUGAAGUGACCACUUUUACAUAUAGUUUAAAUGCACAAAUCAUGCGAGAAAAUUAUUUAUACAUUCAAAUGUGCUGCAGAGGUAUAAUCAAUUGGACAGCGUGUUUGUUUAAUAUUAUGUUUGUCUCUCAUUUGAUCAGAUUGCUUUACCCUGAGGUAAACGUCAUAAAAUGGGUCCAGUGCAAGACGUGCAGGGGCUGGCUGCAUCAGGAUUGUGCUGGGAUUGAAAUGGAGCCGUUUGACUGCGGGUGCGAGGACUCCAUUGAGCAUCCUCGGUAUAACAUAAUUUAUCAAGGAAACAUAGUAUCAGUCAAAAAUACGAGGCUCAAAGGAUGAAAAAAUGAGGGCUUGCUCUUUUUCUUAUUUCUCUGCAGGAUCAAGGAUGCUGUUGACAGUGGAGGAAUUCAUGCUGUCUUUUCUAAAACACAGAUCAAGGUUGCUUUUGAAUGCACUAUCAGUUGUUAAAGCCACCGUUUCUUUUUCAGAUGAUUACAUUUUUGUCUCUUGCUCUUUGGUUUCAGACAUUACAUGAUGAUCUACUCUCUGGAAAGAUCCGCUCCAACAGAAUGUUCCUUUGGAGGAAUCCCGCCACCUCACUCUGA